AUGAUGUGUUCCCAUAACUUGGCACCGCAUCGUAAAGAACAGAUCCAAUUGACACAUUUUCCAUAUUGUGACUUAUUUUCUCAUUCCCAAUUCUGUUUUCUGACAGAGGAGAAGCUCAUCAAUAUUUUGAUCAACAAUGCUGGGGUGAUGAUGUGCCCCUACACAAAGACGACUGAUGGGUUUGAGAUGCAAUUUGGUGUAAAUCAUCUGGGUCAUUUCUUGCUGACCUACCUGCUUCUCGACUUCAUGAAAAGGUCAGCCCCAGCUCGCAUCAUUAACAUAUCGUCCUUCGCUCACGUUUUCGGUCGAAUCAACUUUAAAGACCUUCAGAGUGAAAAGAGUUAUGAUGGGGGCUUGGCUUACUGCCAAAGUAAACUGGCAAAUGUACUGUUCACUCGGGAAUUGGCCAAGCGCCUUAAAGGCACCAAAGUCACCGUGAAUUCUGUGCAUCCGGGCUCUGUCAAAUCCGAACUAACCAGGCACUCCUUCGUCAUGUCCUUGGCAUGGAAGAUUCUGACGUUUCUUAUCAAAACACCAAAACAGGGGGCACAGACGAGUAUAUACUGUGCUGUGGCUGAAGGGCUGCAAGAGAUUUCUGGAACACAUUUUAGUGACUGCAGACCUGCAUUUGUGGCACCUCAAGGGAGGAAUGAAGAAACAGCAAGGAAGUUAUGGGAUGUCAGCUGCAAACUUCUGGAGAUUCGGUGGGAUUGAAUUAAUUGGAAAAUGUGUUCUAAGGAAACAAAGUAUAGGCAGAUGCUGGAGUCAGAGAUAACAGCGCAGAGCUGGAGGAACACAGCAGGCCAGGCAGCAUCAGAGGAGCAGGAAAGUGGACGUUUCGGGUCAGGCCCCUUCAGGAAACAUCAACUCUCCUGCUCCUCUGCUCCACACUGCGUUAUCUAUAAGCAACAGCUGACUGCUUUUUUUUAAAACUACUUUUGACAGUUCCUAUUAAAAAUUCCAGAAAAUACAAUCUUGUGACCAACAAAUUGUUGCUUCUGAAGUUGGUCACCACACAAAUCUAAAUACCAUCCUAUAUUGCAAAUCUCACCUACUACUGCCAUAUGAUUUUGGCUAUUAAGGAGGAACCUUUUGGUCUGGUUCCCAAAUCACCUGUGUCAACAAUGAACCAUCAAAACUAAUACAACAAUAACUGCUUCAAUGCAACAUUACUGUAAACUGUUGUUGCAUAGUACUGAGCAUGCAUUAAUGACCAGCAUUAUUUUAUGCUUUAGAAAUAUGAAUUGGGUUCUUUUAUAGUAAACCAGCAGUAAACAUACAGGUUUCAAAGUGAGAAUAAUUCUAUGCAACAACCACAUGCUGCAGAAGACAAGAAACAGAAAGCUCUCUGAAGGUGCUGUCUCCUUUCAAGCAACAGGUGUUACCUUUGAUAUCCUGGUCACUAUCUUCAGUCAACAACAGUCUUGUCAUUACACUGCUGUAUAUGAGAGCAUAUGCAUAAAUUGGUUGUCAUGUUUCCUAGAACAGUGACUACAUUAGCAUUUUGGAAUUCCAGAUGUGACAAAACAUGGUAUAUGAAUUAAAGUCUUUUUUUAAAACUUACCUCUUUCAUGACAUUUUGGUAAGCUCCUCAAGCUGACUCCAUCGCUGAUCUGUUGGUUUUGAAUUCCACAUUUCCACCUGCUCAUGACAACCUUUGAUACUCCUGCCUGACAAUAAUCUGUCUCCGAGGCGGUGACAUCAUUAAAUAUAUUUUUAAGGCCAAGGUAGAGAGAGUUCCAAAUUCCCAUAGCCCUUAGAAAAAAUAUUUUGUCUCUGUCCUAAAAAUUCCUAAUUUUAAAACUAUCAACUCUUUUGGACCAACACUCAAAAGGAAACAUUCUGUCCAUAUCAACCUUGUAACGAACAUUCGGAAACUUACAUACUCCAAUCUAGUCACCCUCUCGCUCUUCUAGACUGCAUUGAGAACAAGCUCAACCUACCCUCAAAAUAAUCCACACAUUCCAGGUAUUGAUAAAAAUUAAUCCUCAUUUGAACCACCUCCAACACAUGUAAUGUGGCUCACUGAAAUUUUCCUUUGUAUUACUUGUGAAGCUGCAAAACUUUUUAAGAACUUAAUAGGCAUUUUUGCACUUGAUGUUGAUAAUUAGAGUAAGCACUUUUGUACAUAGCACUGUUCUGGAAGGCCAUUAAACUUCAAGUACAGCACA